CUCAGACUCUUUUGACUCAGGCCUCAGCUUAAGGAGCAUGUCUCAAGAAACACCGUUCUUCUUCCCGAAAUCAGGCUCCAUCGCCAGUUUGGACAGCAAUGAGCUGAUGAUCGAUUUAUCGGGAGACAACUUCAACAAUGUGACCAUUCCCAUUAACUACUCUAUCCCGUUUGUUAAUGUCAGCAGGUUGCAGAGUGGGCCGCUCCUGACAGAGUGGAACCAUUCCAGCAAGCUGACUGGCUCUCAAGUCAACCUCUCACCCCUGACCUUGGUCGGGUCAAAGAUCAUACUGCCAGCUGUCGGGGGCACGGCCCUGAUUGCACGGGAGGCCAAGAACUGGCAGCUGAAGCGCUCCAUAUCUCUUCACAGGCACUUUCAGAUUUUGUCCCGGCUGUGGCAGUCAUCAUCCCCUGUCACACUCGACUCCAUGACAGCAAUGGCUCUUGCCCAGGGUAAUCCAUCGCCCGCUCUACUGGGCAGGAUGCUGCUGUCCUACUCGUCAUCAGGAUCUUCGUUCUCAGAAACUCCCAGCACAGGCACCCCAGGAAGUGCAGACCCAGCCAAAUUAAAAGCUCCACCUUUGUAUCCUGUGGCUCACGAGUCCAUCGACCUAACCAAAGACGACCCUCAACGGCAACUGCAAACAUCAUCUUCAGUCGGUGAAGCCACAGAUCACCAGAAUUCAGAAAUUAAAAGCCCAGCUCCACUUGCCACACCGGCACAUCCAGACAAAUCACUUCACACCACAACCACCUCUCAGCUGAAAGCUAGGCUCAUGGCCUCCAUAUCGUCCCCGGUCAAAAACAGUUUAGAUUCAGCAUCAUUGGAGGAUCACCAGCACUUAUAUUCCAGACAGGUUUCGACCCCCAUCAAAUCUUCGGGGCUCAGCUUCCCUUCGGCCUCAUCGCUGUUGUCAUCGGUGGAGCAGCACCUGUCCAACGUCACGCCCACCGGGACCUUGAACACACCCAUGUACGGACACUCCUGCCCCACCCUCUACACCACAACACACGUGACCUUCUGUUGCAUCCAGCGCCCCCAGCCCAUGUAUGUCGCCGUCAAGGGAAGUAAGAAGAUCUCCAUGUAUUCCAACUGGCGCCUCGCCACCCACAACCCAAACCCAGUUGGAUUAACAUCACGUAUGUUGCUGUCGCUCUACAAAUCAAGGUAAAUCUACCAAUAACAAUUUUCUAUAUAGAUACUUGACUUGUUUCCCCUUGCACAUGAAACAAAGAGUUGGAUUUUAUAAAUAAAAUAAAAUUUAAAAUGUUUGUUUUGGAUAUUAAAUAAAACUGUCUUUUUUCUAUGACAUUUAAAGAAAUGCAUCCAAUCCAGUAUUUGCUCAAUGCUCCAUGACACCGAGCAAUGGUGGCAAUCAGACUCACAGUUCCUACUGGACCUACCAGAGAAAGAAGAU